CACCGAGAAACAUUUUUCAAUAGUAAUGCCCUUAUUGGUAAAACACAACGAAUAAGACAGUUUCUAAAUCCCCAUACAAAUUUAUCCAAUCGAGAGAGUUUACCGCACGAAGUGACAAUCGACAUGCUAGAUUAUUCUUUUCAAUAUAGUGUUGUAUUACACAUCAGACAUUUAUCAACUUAGAUAAAGGAAUAGAAUGCUAUUUUGAAUAGUUAUGACAAAGGAUAUGUUUUAUAAAGUUAAAUAAUUAAAGAAAGGACUUAUAAGAAUACUACAACAAUAUUAUAUCAGACGACACACUGGAACUUUCUUUGCGAGAACAUUCUUUGUUAGUAAAAAAAGCUGCGCAGAAGCAAGCUGUUGUCAUAUAACACAACACAAACAACGAUUGAAAUACUGUUGAAAAACGACGUUAAACCCAAAACAAACAAACGAUAGAACAGAAGGAAGGAAAAUUCAAAACGAUUAAAAUGGAUAUUUACCAACAUUUGCUUCCGUACAUUGAGUAUUUGGAAGGUGUUGUUGCAUCGAAAGAAAAGGAUAUUAUAACAGAGAAGGAUUAUAGAAACUUUCCUUUUAAGACUUUCGAAUAUAUCGACAAACUUCUUUCUUUAAUAAAGAAAAACAAUGGUAAAACUAUAUCUGUUACCAAAAUAGAAGAAAUGAAACAACAUCAUGAAAUUCUUUUAAAAAGUGACGAAUACUUGGAACUACAACAACAACAACAACAGCAACAACAACUACAACAGCAACAACAACAGCAACAACAACCACAACAACAACUACAACAACAACAACAACCAGAACAGCAACAACAACAGCAAAAUAUUGGAGGACUAGUUCCAGAAUUCUCCAGACUUGCCUGGGACUUAAGUAAAUAUCGGCAACAAAAUGAUGAAUCUAAACAGAGCACACCGAAAAAAACAACAAAAUCACCCGGAACAACAGCAAUAAAAUACAAUAAAAUAAAAACAUUCCUUCAACAAUCAUAUUCGGAAGAAAGAAGACUAACCCAAGGAUAUACACCAAAAGAAGAACCAACCGAAGACGAAUGUAUUGGACAACUGAAAACACUUGACAGUUUAAUAAACUCAGACAAGAAAAACAUAAUUUUGAACUCAUGCCACAAAGGACACGUCUUAAAACAAUUGAAAAUAUUAUCAAAAAAAGAAAAAAAAGGAUUUAUAAAUACACUAGAAAAACACGGUUUUAAGUAUACACUGUCGCACUGCAACUUUUUGAUUCGUUUUUACGAAUUUGCAAACGACCAUAACAACAUUUUAAAAUGUGCUUUAUCCAUUGAUUAUAUUUCCAAAAAAAUUCACAACCAUUAAAAAAGUAUUCCAAGAAUUAAAAUGGUAAACCAAUACAAACAAGCCCAACGAAUACAGUACAGCGUUUGUAUUGAUUUACAUGUAUCCAAGUAGCAGACGACACCUUGAGAUCACACUAGUUUUCCAAUAGUUGCUUUAUCUGUGCGUUAGCUGUAAAAAAAUCACUAAACCGUAUGCUUAUGCCAUAAGCACACGCAUGACUGAACAUAAUAAUUUCAUAUUGUCAGAAUCAUUCAACCGUAUGCUUAUGGCAUAAGCACACGCUUGAUUGAACAUCAUAAUAAUGAGAGUUGAUAGUCUAAUAUUGGAACAAUUAACUUUUAUUAUUGAAAUAAUAUUUUAUUGUUUGUUCAUUAUGUUUUACAUUGUUUACUCUCAGUGUUUUAUACAAUAAAUCAUAAAUAUUUAUACCAUCUUGUAUCAUUUUUAGGAAAAAUAAACAAUAGUAACCACAGA